CUGUUGCCAAGGGGGAGAGUUCCCGGAACCCGGGGGACGAGAGAGCGCUGGAGCCGGGCCUGCUCCCGGUCGGAGAACGGUGUGUGCAAGGAAUUCGGGAGGGCAAUAACUGAGAAAAAGACAAAGAAUACAACUCAUCAUUUGGUCAACCCAAAUAUUUGUUUAACAAGCUGCUUGGCUACAGCUGUGAACAGAAAGCAGUCUGAUUUCAUCCACAAAGUUACUGUUUCUGUUUACUAGUAAAUAGGAUGCCUGGCCUUGUGCAGAAUGAGAUUAAUGGAAGGGGGAGCCCUACCAAAAGGAAACGACUUUCCCUUAAGUUCUUUCAGAAAAAAGAAGCCAAACGGGCACUGGAUUUUACUGAGAAGCAAGAAAAUGAACAAAGUCCUUCAGAGCCAAAAAAACUGGAUAAAUGUGAUAAGGUUGUUUUUGGAGUCCCUUUGAUAUCUUCUGCAGUUGGAUACGAAAAGAGGGAGGAGCUUCUACCUUUUGUGGGCCUGAACAAUCUGGGAAAUACAUGUUACCUCAAUAGUGUACUUCAGGUGUUGUAUUAUUGUCCUGGAUUUAAAACUGGGAUGAAAUUCAUGUAUGACAUAAUAUCCAAAAAAUACGAGAUACUGAAGAGUGAGGAAGAACCCAAAAAAGUCCAGGACAUAUUAAAUGGUCAAGAGGAAUUGCCAAUCUGUUUAGAGCUGAUCUGCAACUUGCACGGCUUGAUUGUGUCGAUGGAACAGAUACAAGCCAGCUAUCUUCUGAAUGCAGAGAAUUGUCCUGAAGGUGAACUUGCUACUCAGCCUAAAAGACUGAUGAGUACACUGAAAGAGCUGAAUCCAAUGUAUGAUGGCUACUUACAGCAUGAUGCACAAGAAGUGUUGCAAUGUAUUUUGGGAUACAUCCUGGAAGCUUGUCAGCUGUUGAGGAAAAGUGCAUCUGUUGAAGAAAAUGUAGACCCUGAAACAACCGUGGAGAAUAAAAUGAAUAGGCCUACAGAAAUUACUUGUUCCAAUAAUCUGAUAAUUGGAAAUGAUGCUGUGCAAGAAGACCAUGAAAUGCCUGAUCUAGAGAAAGAGGAAAUGCUAAAGAAAAGGAAAAAUGGGAAAAGAAAAAGCGAUACACAAGCUGGCAAUGCCAUGAAAAAAUCUAAAUUGCCUAAGGAUGUGAGAAAAGCAGAGGAGAAACGGCAAACAAGACGAACCAGAAAACCUUCUGGGGAAGCUAUUGAACAAGAACCUGAUAUUGAUGCUAGGAGUGUAUCUGAAAAUGGUAUUGUGCACUCAGUUGCUCAUAAGAAAACAGAACUUGGGUUAAGAUGGCUGAAACCUACAGUGAAGCAGCCAAGCAUACUUUCAAAAUUUUGUAGUCUUGGCAAGCGAACAUCAAAUCAGGGCAUCAAAGAACCAAGAAAAGGUGAGGAAGCAAAUGGAAAUCAGCCACAGUGUACAGAAACGUCAAAUGAGAACGGCUCAAUAGAGCAAUACUAUUCUGCAUCAGGCUGCAAGGCCCAUUGUGCUACAGAAACCCCCAAUAAGAAAAAUGGAAGUGUGAGUGAAACUGAAGACAAGAGCACAAGGAAAGCAGAGUUGUCUGGAUUUGAGUUGAUGGAUGGAAUGUUCCAAGGACAGUUAGUUUUGAGAACACGUUGUUUGGAGUGCGAGUGUUACUCUGAACGGAGAGAGAAUUUCCAGGAUAUCAGCGUACCUGUUCAAGAAAAUGAUCCAAAGGAAGGAGAUGGUUCCGAGAUAUCUCCAGAACCAAAGAUGGAAAUAAAAACACUGAAAUGGGCAAUAUCACAAUUUGCUUCAGUGGAACGAAUAGUUGGUGAAGACAAAUAUUUUUGUGAAAACUGUCACCAUUACACAGAAGCUGAGCGCAGUCUGUUGUUUGACAAGAUGCCAGAAGUGGUUACCAUCCACUUGAAGUGUUUUGCAGCAUGUAGUUCAGAGUUGGAGCCCUAUGGUAAUCUGUCAAAAGUGAAUACUCCCUUGCUGACUCCUCUUCAGCUUUCUCUUGAAGAAUGGAGCACAAAAGAGACCAGUGAUUGCUAUGAACUGUUUGCUGUAGUCAUGCACAAUGGGAUGAGUAUUAGUAGUGGUCAUUACACAGCCUAUGUAAAAAUGACACAUUUUAGCAGUCAGGAGAUGCCCAAAGAAGAAUCUACCAUGAAUUGUACAUAUGGUGUGAAACAAGAACCACUGAGUGAAGAGGCAAAAAGCUCCAUUUGUUCACAAGAAUAUGAUGAUGGAGAGAUAUCGGUUAAACUGAAAGGGAACUUCCAAACAGCAACAAAUGGUAAAACUACAAAGAAGAAUGCAGAAAGUGUUGGGCUCCUUGGUGGACAAAAGAGUAUGUCUAGUUUUGAUCUGUAUGUCCCCAAGACCAAGAACGAUACUGAAAAACCUGGGACUAGAUUAAAAGAAAAUGCGAAAUCUGACAACUUCAAAGAAAAACAUAUUAAUUCUAUUAAAGACCAAAGUUGUUGUAACAAUCAACAGGCAGUGUCUGAAACUGGGAGCAACAUCCCAGAAAACCAGGUUUCUCAAAGUUGCUGUAAUCUACUGGAGUAUGAAGGAAAAUGGAUGCUGUUUGAUGAUGCUGAGGUGAAGCUUACAGAUGAGCAAGAUUUUCUCAGUUCACUUUCUCCGUCGACCUCUUGCACAUCAACCCCGUACCUAUUGUUUUACAAAAAAAUGGCAAACCCAUAAAAAUGCACCUUAAAGAAAUUGAUAUGUUACUUUACCAUGGUAUGUUUUCUUUCACUGCUUGUUGUAUAUUUAAUAUAGAGCACUGUAAAACAUUGAAGCCUUUGUGGAUUUGCUAGUAUAAGCUGUCUGAAUCACUAAUCAAGCACUUCUAAAACAGCCUGAUAAAACAAGCUUCCAAGUUUGUGUUUAAAUAUGAAGCAGGUUAUAGGCUUUAAAUUUAAAAGUACAUUUAGAUGCAAAAUUUGUUUUUGCAAAUAAUGGUGGAUGCAAACUGUUUCUUGCUUAUCUACAGCAGGGGCUGUCCAUCUCCAUCACAUUAUUAUUGGAUGUUUAAACUUUCAAAGGUGAUAGCCAAGUCCUAUAAAACCUUACCACACCUGUCCAUGGUGCCUUACAGCCUCCAUCAGUAAAAUCUAAAGAACAUGAUCACCUGCAUUUUAGAAGUUUGCAAAUGUAGCAGGUACUUAGUAAAACUUAAAUUUUGUUCGCUACAAACCCCCUCUCCAAAUGCAGUGAGAUCAUCAUUCCUUUUACCAUUUCUUCUAUAGGGCCGUACCAAUUCAGGGACAAGAUCCUCAGUAUCUCUGGUGUUGCCCUCCAGAAGUCAGUCAAAAUUUGUGCACUGAAUACCACAGCAGGUAUUAGUCUAAUCCGCUGGUGGGCAUGUUUGGCUGUUAACCAAAAGGUUGGUGGUUUGAGACUGCUGAGAUAUGAAAAUCUCAGUUUUGUUUGAGGGGGAAGUGCUGGCAGUUAGCUCAGUUGGCUAGAUGGUUAGAGUGUGACUCCUCGCCUUGCUCCACGUUUACUGAGUGGUGCCCUCAAGCGUCAUGUCCUGAAAAGGACAUUGUAGAUUGAAGGUCAUUUCAGAAAUGUUGAACGUUAUAAGUUUGAAUAUUAGCAAAGAUGUGCAAGAAAAUCUGGAAUAUAGUCAUGUUUCUUUUGCUUGUGUAUUAUAGAUACUAGUAAUGUAAAUAAAAUAGUAAAGUAAUUUUGUAUAAAGUUUAAUCAUAACUUUUUGUACGUAGUUUCUAAGAUAAUCUACGCAACCUGUCCUAUAAAUUUACCCCUCUAAUUUGUAAAUGCAAUUAUCUCAGUUGUACAUAAAAGACCACAGGGGUAUAAUUUUAAUAAUCUACCUGAAAUGAAAUUUGUAUAGCACAAACAUGGGUCAUUAUUUUUCAGAAGGUACAUCCUCUGCACACUGCUAAAUUUGAGGUUCUAAUGUGGCAUUAAUAACCCAAAGAGCAGCCUUAAUACAGAGCAGAAGGCGACCAAUGAGUUGUUGAUCAGCUGCUUAUUUUGACAAAAAACAAAGAAGCCAUUAUCAUACAAGUUUGGCACAUUUCUACUUUUAAAUUUUCAGCAUUACCAUUUUUUCUUUCCUAUUCAUAAAAAAAAUGAACUAGUGAGAGAAAUGCAGUGUAUUGUCAUCCGAAGUUUUUGACUGGGUGCAGUAUGCAGCUUAUUGUGGUAGAACAUUAUUGAUGUUGGAUGGUGUCACAGAAUGAAUUCAAGCUCUUUGUAUUUCUUUUUCCAAUUUUACUGGAAAUUGGAAAAUUUUCAAUAAACCAUGACUCCACA